GUCUGAAUGCAGUAACUGUGAGGUUGGAGAGCAGUGUGGUGUGAUAAUGCAUGGCAACGCCGUCACUUUCUGUGAGCCAUAUGGUCCCAGAGAACUGACCACCACUGGCCUUAACACAACUACUGCAUCUGUCCUCCAGUUUUCCCUUGGAUCGGGCUCGUGUCGCUUCAGUUACUCAGAUCCCAGCAUCACCGUAUCCUACAGUAAGAACAGUUCUGCAGAUUGGACUCAGCUGGAGAAAAUUAGCGCCCCUUCCAACAUCAGCACGAUCAUCCACAUCUUGUACCUUCCUGAAGAUGCUAAAGGGGAGAACAUUCAUUUUCAAUGGAAACAGGAUUAUGUUCAUGCCGGGGAUGUGUAUGAAGCCUGUUGGGCAUUGGACAACAUCCUGAUCAUAAAUGCUGCCCACAGAAAAGUUGUGUUAGAAGACAAUCUUGAUCCUGUGGAUACUGGAAACUGGCUUUUCUUUCCUGGGGCCACAGUUAAG